GAGAGUGAGAGCGAGAGCGCGAGAGUGUGAGGGAGAGAGAGAGGGAGAGAGUUGAUCGGGAGGAGAAAGCUGCCCCUGGCUUGGAAGAUGCUCCGCUGUGUUUACAUAGGGAGAGCGGUUAGUAACGGAGAGGGACGAUAGUCUCCUUACAAGUCUAGAAAACAGAAUGACCGCCGUUCUUCAGCGCUAGGGUGCAGUGAGGGAGCGCUGAGGCAAACCGGGCUUCAUCAGUGGAGCAGGACAGUCUUCCGUCAGCGAAAACAACAAUGUGCGGUUAGAAAACUGAUUAGGUGAACUGAUUAGCUUCAUCGCGCUGCUCUGAGGCAGAAACGGCGGUAACGUUACCCGGGACAAAGAGCGACCACAGAGAGCCCCAUGUCAGCCGUCCUCCUCCCCGUCCUCUCCACAGCCUCGGCCGGGCUCUGACUGCAUCUCCUGCGGCUUCGUUUUUGGAGGGAAACUGACGAGCUAAGUUGGCGGCGCGGCGAAACCAUGGAGUCCGAGCAGAGCAGCUCGCUGUCGAAGAAGAGCGCGCUAGUCAGGCUGUUCAGAGCGCGCAAGCGGCGCGAGAUGCUCUUCGUGCAGGUGUGCUUCGUGUGCAGCGUCCUGCUGGCGGCGUGGUGUAUGUCGGCGGUGCUUAGCCGAUCAGGUCAUGGGAUCGUGUUGCAGGAGACUCCACACACAGGCCGAAGACUGAUGGCCAUGGAGGAUGACAAUGAGACUGAAGAGAAGAACUGCUCUGAUCCUGCCAUCCACGAGUUCCCAGAGGAUAUUUUCACCAACCGAGAGCGCACACGAGGAGCUGUCCUGCUACACAUAUUCGCGGCUAUCUACAUGUUUCUGGCUCUGGCGAUUGUGUGUGAUGACUACUUUGUGACUUCUCUGGAGAAAAUCUGUGAGAAACUGCAUCUGAGUGAAGACGUGGCUGGAGCUACUUUCAUGGCAGCUGGAAGCUCCGCCCCAGAACUCUUUGCCUCCGUCAUUGGUGUGUUCAUCACACAUGGAGAUGUCGGGGUGGGCACUAUCGUGGGCUCAGCUGUCUUCAAUAUUCUCUGCAUCAUUGGCGUGUGUGGAAUCUUCGCUGGACAGGUUGUUCAUCUUACCAAGUUUUCUGUGUUUCGAGACUCCUUUUACUACACGUUGUCUGUGGUAGCUCUUAUUGCAUUCAUCUAUGAUGGGCAGAUUGUGUGGUGGGAGAGCCUGGUGCUGAUGGUCAUGUAUGUUGGUUACAUCAUUAUUAUGAAGUUUAACACCAGCAUGCAGAACUACUUUGCCGGGAAGGAUGAUAAGGGUGUUGCCAAUGGUAACGCAAUGAUCAGCGAGCUUGAAGACGGUAAUGCAUGUUAUGAGCAGUUUUGGGAUGAUCCUACAUGGCCGUUACUCAGUGCAGUAAAGCCAAGUAAGAUGUACACUCGUGGGUCAGUAGUAAUGGUGGAUGAAAUGAUGAACUCCAGUCCUCCAAACUAUCGGUUCCCUGAGGCCGGCCUGAGAGUAAUGAUCACCAACCACUUCGGCCCUAAGACUCGCCUGCGCAUGGCCAGCCGACUCAUCAUCAAUGAGCAACAGCGGCUGAUGCAGGCGUCCAACGGGGUGGACAGCACGCUGGUGGUUGAUGGGAAAGUGGACACCCUGGAGAACGGCAACGUGCCAGAGGACAAGCUGACGGAGGACGAGGAGAAUGAGCUGUCAUCUCCCUUCAUUAUUCCUGGGGGUGCUGUGAACAGACUGAAGUUCAUCAUCUCAUGGCCUGUCCUGGCAUUGCUGUACUUCACUGUGCCAAACUGUGGCAAACCUCGCUGGGAGAGGUUCUUCAUGCUUUCCUUCUUCCUCUCCACUCUGUGGAUAGCCGUGUUCUCCUACUUCAUGGUCUGGAUGGUGACAAUUAUUGGAUACACACUGGGAAUACCUGAUGUUAUAAUGGGCAUCACUUUUCUAGCAGCUGGCACCAGUGUUCCCGACUGUAUAGCUAGUCUCAUUGUAGCUCGACAAGGCCUGGGGGACAUGGCUGUCUCCAACACGAUUGGCAGUAAUGUCUUUGAUAUCCUGGUUGGGCUCGGCAUUCCCUGGGGCAUCCAAACGAUGGCUGUCAACUAUGGCUCUGUGGUGAAAAUCAACAGUAGAGGACUGGUGUAUUCCGUAGUGCUACUCCUGGGCUCAGUGGCUUUAACAGUCCUGGGGAUCCAUGUCAACAAGUGGAAGCUGGACUUCAAGCUAGGCGUGUACGUGCUCAUGCUGUACGGCGUCUUCCUCUGCUUCUCCAUCCUGAUCGAGUACAAUGUCUUCACUUUCGUCAACCUGCCCAUGUGUCAGGAGGGCCUGUAGGCCCAAAAUCUUCCAACUCGCAACCAAACUGAAUUCCAAACCAGACCUACCUACAGAAGACCUGAAAACCCUUCAGAUGCACACCACCAUUUUAUUCCACUGAGUUUUAUUACAGAAGACCACUGUCUCCCACAGCAUUUUCCCUCUUCUGUGGAAGAGAUGAUGGGAAUUACAUUUCCCAGAAGUCCUUGGCCUGUCCGUGCCCAUGGAGGAGGUUGUUCACCAUACUCUCUCCAGCACUCCCAGGGCAUUAGAGAGACCUCUUUCUUUGGCAGCUCUCCAUUUGACUGGGCAGCCCUCCACAACUGAAUCCAGGACAAUCAUGAUCACACAAUCUCACUCACAGCAGCAUGGCAUGUCUUCUUUUCCCCUACGAACAUGAGGGGAUUUUGAACCGUGACCGCACAAAUACCUUCACACAUAUAUGAAGAAGAGGAAUGCUGCCCACUGAAACAAUAUGAAUGCAUACUUACAUUCUCUCAUGUUUUGUCUUCCCUUGAGAAUGAAUAGAAAAAUGAAAAUGAACAUGUUGCACUUUAGAUAAUAGGGCGAAACCUAGAGGUUGCACAGUGAUUGCAGUGAGGAAAGACAUUAUCUCUUUUCCUGGUCUGGUGCAAUAAGGAGCAAUAAAGACAGAAGCAGCGUUUGAUGACAAUGAAAAGGAUUCAUUGUCUUCAUGAGAGCUAGUCUUUGCUCUGAUGAGUGAAUUCAGGCACUCUGAAGACCUUUGUGAAAGUAACAGUGCAUUACAGUACAGCCUACGGCAAAGAUAUCCUAUUUGCAGUGCCACAGUAGAUCCUGUAGUGGAGGAAGAUCCUUUGUGGAUCCUUUGUGCUCAUGACUUACGACUGGACCCAAGGGUCACUGAGCUUUGGACCAGUCCAGAUGACUAAAAUGGGGUCAAAGCGAAGCUCUCAAGUCUGCCAUCUUGUUUCAAUCCAAUUCUAUUAAAAUGAAAUUCUCCAUAAUCAAUCAUUUAAUCUUACUAUGAUUAUACAAAGCGUUCUGAGUGGACAGACUUCAGGAGAGCUCUUCACUGCCCCUUUCUGGUGUGGAUUAUGCGGCUACAACUGUGGCUGACUUUAUAAAAAUCGACUCACAUGACUGCAAACAGGGAUCCUGAUUUUUGCAAAAGUUAACACACUUGUUGUUUAUAUGUAAAUACGAUGUCAGAGAUCCUCACGUUUCGACCAGUGCUUCCUGGGGGAUGGGAGUGGACAUACAUUUUUUUUUUUUGCUUAUUUUGGCGAUCCACUCCAGCUCCCUCGUCUGGGUCUGUAUUUUUUUGUCUGUGAUGCAUGAUUUUGACACAAGAAAAGCCAUUUUAACUAGCAGGGCAGAAGAUCACUGUCAACCUCCUGAUAUAAAUGGCAGCUACCACUUCACCCUCCGCCAAAAAAACAACCCCCACAGUGCUCAGGAGUUCCUAACCCGAGCAGAGGGCCGAGCUGUUUGUGUCUGUGUGAAACGUCAAAGUUGUGGAAAUGUCAGGUGUUGUCGUUCAGAGCUAAUGCUAAGUGGUGCCGUCACUGUUGUCUAUGUGGAAAGACAAGGUCUUUCUUGUCGUAUUUUGAUGUGCGCAGUAUAUAACGACAUAUGCAAUCUCGAUUGGAGAAGACUGAGCAGGGCUGGCUGUGUUUAAAUAGAGGGGGCUCUGGAUUGUGAACGCUGCUGAAAUUGCCCGUUGAAUAAUGUUCCAAGCGCAUGCAAAUAGUCAGCCAUCUGUUCCCUCACCUACAUUAUUAGUGCUAUGAGGAAUGGCGACUUCAGUUUCAUGGCUGUGUGCUGUGUAGAACAGUGGUGGUGUCACGUGAUGCAUUAUUUUUUGUCUCUGUUCUGUGGUAGUUGGUGUGUGGGCUACUAUCUCUGAAUGAAACAGGUUUUACAAGUCUGAAGGCCAAAUGAAUGUCACUGGAGGCUUGGACUCAUGUCUCUUUGCUGUUACCACGUUGCGUGGAUCAAAGAAGAUAGGAAAACAGAUAUUGAUUAUUCAUUUCAUUUUUAGAAUGCAGUUCAUUCAUGCGUACAAACCAGUAUUCCUGACACUUCCUUUCCGAUUAUGCAGUGAUUUAAUUUUUUUGUUAGUGAGCCAAGACUGUUCAUGUGAUAGUAACAAUGAGCAGGCUCCUAUUCAGAUCUAACAAUACAGAUGAAUCAUACCAAAUCACUGUAGAUAGGCUAUUUGUGUUAUCCUGCUCUACUAGGGUCAAUCAGUCCUGUGCCAUGCCUGUUACUGUAACAGCUAUUAUUCUUAUAUUUCAAUUGAGAGAUGAGUAUUUUUGACUCAAAGUGUUUUAUAAACCAUACCGCCUCCUGAGGGACCGAGUUAUUGUUCUAUUCCUUUCGGGGAAAAGGGCCACUAUAGGGGGCGGCAUCUUUGUUGCCAGUGUUAUAGCACUCUGACAUGAACAGAAGUCUUGUAUGCACAGAAAAAAACCCACUAUAUACCUCUUCAGAAGAGACACUUUAAGUUAAAAGAAGAUGCUUUAAACUUGACUGCACUCUAUGUCCAUGCAUGAAAACGCACAUAUACAGAACUCCCCACAUGCACAAUACACACACAUAUGCACACACACACACACACACACACACACACACACACACAGUGAGGGGAUACAAGUAUUCAGACACUUGUUUUUGACCUUUAAUAAACUUCCAGUGCACAUGUCCACUUCAGACUUCACCAAUAUGUUCCUAAGUUUUUUCUUAAAUUUGUUCUAGACAAAGGGUCUUAAAAAAUGUCUACAUCAGAUUACGUAUCCUAAAUACGAAAUCAUUUAUGAAUGUCAGAAUCUUCGUGAAAACUACUACUAAGUGGGUUUAAGAAGAACGGUUGGUGAAUGAGGCCCAAUGUCUGUUGACUUUGUACUUGAAAAAUAAAAUUUAUGAAAGAUUUAACUGGAAAAUGUAUUCAGACACCACAAAUGAAUAACAUUAGUACUUAAUUGCAAAGCCCUUUUUGGCAGUUACAGCUUUGAGACGUCUACGGUACAAAAUAAUUACCUUUUUUGCAGCAUAGUGGUUUAGUUGUAUAAUGCCCCUGUACCAUUUGCAGAGAAGCAACCCAAUAUCUUGAUGCUCCCACCUCCAUACUUCACUGUGAGCGCUGGGAUCUUAGGAUCAUCUGUGCAAUUAUCUGUGAAAUGUGAGAGGUGCUGUGAGAAGAUCAAACCAGUCGUACUGACAGGGAUGUUUAAGGUCUUUGCUGUGGCUUCAUGAUGUUUUCCAUACAAAUGUUGGUAAAUAAUGUUGAACUUUAGGAAGCCCCUUCAUCCUCACCAUGAUUGCAACUUCUUAUGUGAAAUCUUCCCAACCAAUGGCAACAUCUUUUAUAAUAACACAAGAUCCCUUUUGAACUUAUUUUUUAUUUAUAUAUGUAAAGUAACCCUCACAUACAUAUUUUUAAAAAUAGUGUCUGAAUGCAGGUUCCCUAUUAAACAUAACUUUGUUAUGCUUAUGAAUGCAGACAUUUUUCAUGUUUAUGAAUACAAAAAACACAAGUAUUUGAAGUAGUGUCUGAAUACUUGUAUCCACACGUGCUCACUUUGUUUCAUGGUGAAGUACACACACACAGAGAUACACACCCACACACACAAAUCUGCUUUCAGAGUGACUGUGACCUGCUGCACUGUGAGAGGGACGGUAUGUGGGAUCCUUCUUCCAAGCCGCUGUUAAAGGAUAGAGAUAUAAAGAACUUCAACUUAUGACAUUGGUGUUUAACUUGAAUGUAUUGUCUUGCUAUCAAUGGAUGUAUCCAACCAAUGCAUUUUACUGUAAAGCAAUAAUCUAACAAAAAUAUGUACAUUGAUAUUUGAAACAUAAGGAAAUUGUAUGGAGAACACAAAUUAAAUUCUACAGUUUAUAAGCGUU